AUAUUUCAUAACUACACUAUUUUAUUUACUCUUUUUUUUUAAACAUGUAUAAGUUAAUCUUUUCGCUUCUAAUUUUAUUUUUUAGCUUUUCGCAAUAUACGUGGGAAAAUCCAUUUGUUGAAUUCACAAUUUUUGAUUGUUUGAUGCCAAUUGAGUUUUCUGUAGAUGGACAGAAUUGUUUGGCUAUGAUUCAUCGCUAUCACUGGAACCAUGAAAAACAGAAAUGUGAAGGCGUUACUUGGGGUGGAUGUGGGGCUACUAAAAAUAAUUUUGAAACUAUGAAAGAGUGUCUAACCGUAGCAGGAGCUAUAUGCGAUAAAUUCUGGUAUUGGAAUUAAAUCUCGUAUGUUGCAUACUAAAUGUACUAUUGUAAAUUUUAAAAAUUGCAGAUUCUAUACAAGAAAAUUUCAAUAAAAUAGAUUUUGAAGAA